CCAGUGUCAGCCCUCGGCGGGAGGAGGCGGCGGCGGAGGAGGAGCAGGGGGAGGGCUGUCAAAUUCGGGAGCCAGAUUUGUUUCCCUUCCCCUGGCAAUCCCUUCCGCUUCCCCGGCUCCCGGCGUGACAUCUGCGCACCGGGGACCUGUAUGUGUGUGCGCGCCGAGGAGCGGAAGAAUGGCAGUGCUCAAACUCACCGACCAGCCACCACUGGUCCAAGCAAUCUUCAGCGGUGAUCCAGAAGAGAUACGGAUGCUCAUCCACAAGACCGAAGAUGUGAAUGCUCUGGAUUCUGAGAAGCGCACUCCGCUUCACGUGGCCGCGUUUCUGGGAGAUGCAGAGAUCAUUGAACUCCUGAUUCUGUCAGGAGCUCGUGUAAACGCCAAGGACAACAUGUGGCUGACCCCACUGCACCGGGCUGUUGCUUCCAGAAGUGAAGAAGCAGUGCAAGUAUUGAUUAAGCACUCGGCUGAUGUCAAUGCGAGGGACAAGAACUGGCAGACUCCCCUCCACGUGGCAGCAGCCAAUAAGGCUGUCAAGUGUGCAGAAGUGAUCAUUCCCCUGCUGAGCAGUGUCAACGUCUCCGACCGAGGGGGACGCACAGCCUUACACCAUGCUGCUCUGAACGGCCAUGUGGAGAUGGUCAAUUUACUCUUGGCUAAAGGGGCCAACAUCAAUGCAUUCGACAAGAAGGACCGGCGUGCUCUGCACUGGGCAGCAUAUAUGGGCCACCUGGACGUGGUGAUCUUGCUGAUUACCCACGGCGCAGAAGUGACGUGUAAGGAUAAGAAGGGUUACACCCCGCUGCACGCUGCGGCCUCCAACGGACAGAUCAACGUUGUCAAACAGCUCCUGAAUCUGGGGGUGGAGAUCGAUGAAAUCAACGUGUAUGGAAACACGGCCCUUCACUUGGCCUGCUACAACGGGCAGGAUGCUGUGGUCAAUGAGCUGACCGACUAUGGUGCUAACGUGAACCAGCCCAACAACAGCGGGUUCACCCCUUUGCAUUUUGCUGCUGCCUCCACACAUGGUGCUUUGUGUCUUGAACUGCUCGUAAACAAUGGGGCGGAUGUUAACAUCCAGAGUAAAGAUGGUAAAAGUCCACUGCACAUGACAGCUGUCCACGGAAGGUUCACGCGGUCACAAACCCUCAUUCAGAAUGGAGGUGAAAUUGACUGUGUGGAUAAGGAUGGCAACACUCCUCUCCAUGUGGCUGCAAGAUACGGUCAUGAGCUUUUGAUUAACACCUUAAUAACCAGCGGAGCUGACACAGCCAAGUGUGGAAUCCAUAGCAUGUUCCCCUUACAUUUAGCCGCCCUAAACGCUCACUCUGACUGCUGCAGAAAGUUGUUAUCAGCCGGCUUUGACAUAGACACCCCAGAUAAAUUUGGACGAACGUGCCUUCAUGCUGCUGCUGCAGGAGGUAAUGUGGAAUGUAUAAAACUCUUGCAGAGCAGCGGAGCGGAUUUCCAUAAAAAGGACAAGUGUGGGAGGACCCCUCUGCACUAUGCAGCUGCAAAUUGUCAUUUCCACUGUAUUGAGACAUUAGUAACCACAGGGGCCAACGUUAAUGAAACAGAUGACUGGGGACGGACAGCUUUGCACUAUGCUGCUGCAUCAGACAUGGAUAGAAAAAGUAAGACUAUCUUAGGAAACGCCCAUGAAAAUUCAGAAGAACUUGAAAGAGCCAGAGAGCUGAAGGAAAAGGAAGCCGCAUUAUGUCUAGAGUUUCUUCUUCAAAAUGAGGCAAAUCCCUCUAUCCGGGACAAGGAAGGGUACAAUAGCGUACAUUACGCUGCUGCCUAUGGCCACAGGCAGUGUCUGGAAUUGCUUUUGGAAAGAACCAACAGUGGUUUUGAAGACUCAGAUUCCGGUGCUACCAAGAGUCCGCUCCACUUAGCUGCCUACAACGGGCACCAUCAAGCCUUGGAGGUCCUUCUGCAGUCACUGGUAGACCUGGAUAUCAGGGACGAGAAAGGCCGCACUGCUCUGGAUCUGGCUGCCUUUAAGGGACACACAGAAUGUGUGGAAGCACUUAUCAAUCAGGGCGCAUCCAUCUUUGUGAAGGACAAUGUAACCAAAAGAACCCCACUUCAUGCCUCAGUAAUUAAUGGUCACACACUGUGUUUGCGGCUAUUACUAGAAAUCGCAGACAACCCGGAAGUGGUUGACGUGAAGGAUGCCAAAGGGCAAACCCCACUGAUGCUUGCAGUAGCAUAUGGACACAUUGACGCCGUCUCAUUGUUACUUGAAAAGGAAGCAAAUGUAGAUGCUGUUGACAUCAUGGGCUGCACAGCUCUACACAGAGGGAUUAUGACGGGACACGAGGAAUGUGUGCAAAUGCUGCUGGAACAAGAAGUGUCGAUUCUCUGUAAAGAUUCCAGAGGGAGGACACCCUUGCACUACGCGGCUGCUCGUGGCCAUGCCACAUGGCUGAGUGAGCUGCUCCCGAUGGCACUUUCCGGGGAGGACUGUUCUUUCAAAGAUAACCAAGGCUACACGCCGCUACACUGGGCUUGUUACAAUGGUAAUGAAAACUGUAUAGAGGUACUUUUGGAACAAAAAUGUUUUCGUGAAUUUGUCGGUAAUCCCUUUACUCCACUGCACUGUGCAAUAAUAAAUGAUCAUGAGAAUUGUGCAUCAUUGCUACUUGGGGCCAUAGAUUCCAGUAUUGUCAAUUGUAGAGAUGACAAAGGCAGGACACCACUUCAUGCAGCAGCUUUUGCUGAUCACGUGGAGUGCUUGCAGCUUCUUCUGAGACACAACGCUCAAGUGAACGCAGCAGACAAUUCAGGGAAAACAGCGCUGAUGAUGGCUGCUGAGAACGGGCAGGCAGGCGCCGUGGAUAUUUUGGUGAACAGUGCCCAGGCUGAUCUGACUGUGAAGGAUAAGGACUUGAACACACCCUUACAUUUGGCUAGUAGUAAAGGUCAUGAAAAAUGUGCCUUGUUAAUACUUGACAAGAUACAAGAUGAGAGCCUUAUUAAUGCAAAAAAUAAUGCACUGCAGACACCCCUCCAUGUUGCUGCACGCAAUGGCUUGAAGGUGGUAGUGGAAGAAUUGCUGGCCAAAGGGGCCUGUGUCCUCGCUGUAGAUGAAAAUGGUCAUACCCCGGCCCUGGCUUGCGCUCCUAACAAAGACGUGGCUGACUGCCUGGCCCUCAUUUUGGCUACCAUGAUGCCUUUUUCUCCUUCCAAUACAAUGACGGCUGUCAACUUCGUUUGUUUUAAAAAAGACAAUUUGAGCAGGACGACCCUCUCCAAUCUGGGUAGCAUGGUUAGCCUGUGCAGUAACAACGUAGGCUCGGAGGAUGGGUACAAUGAAAAUGAUUCUGAUUCGGAAACGUUUUGACUUUGGACUGUAGAAGCUUUUCCUUGAUCAACCAUGUUGGAGGAAGGGAAAGAAGCUUGAAUUCCAGGUUUAUGUUGUGUUCAAGUAUUAUUAUGGGCCCAGGCUUCUAGAAGCCAGGAGAGAAGGAAUUAAUCAAACUGAAGGAGGGCAGCUAGGCUGGAGGGCAGAGCACUCACACAAAUGGGCCCCACUUUUGAUUUGUUUCAUGCUUUCCUUAGAUCUAAGAUGCUUCUGUGAAAGUCUACCUCUCAUUUUAAGUAAAGAAUAAAAAAUGUAUUUAAUUCUUUUUCUUUGGGGAUAGUACACCAAGAGGGAGCUGUUCUCUAUAGAGACUUUUUUUCAUGUACUCACUUGGCAGUGAGUUCUCAGAAGUAUAUCAAUGUGACAUUCAUGUCCCCCCAGGAGGGGAGGGAAGGGGUGGAUAGGAAAUGCCUCAAACCUCUUCUCACUUUGGUGUUUACUUCCUCACUAGAAGCCAAAGGUAAAGGUGUUCAUCUUCAGAAAUAAUGCCUGUAAUAAUCUUUUUAAGGGAGUCCAAUUAUUCAUAUCCUCUGUAUAGUAAGCACUUAAAUAUCCAGAACUUCUUUCUGAGGAUUUUUGUUAAAGUUACCAGAUGAAGAGAAAAAUUCACUGAAAAUGGAACUUGCUUUUUUCAUUUAACACAAAUAUGGCACCCAGUGCUCCCCAUAAGCCCGUGACUAAUUUUCACCCAAGUGAUUGAGUCCAAGUCUAGUAACAUUUUGGAUGAAAAUUGUAUUGCACCAAAAUUUUGAGACAUAUGCAAAUUUAAUGUGAAACUACUCUUUAUUAAUUCAUCUUUAAAUCAAAAUACUAACUUUUAAAAACAUCAGAACCCUCAGCAUUGUUCAUCAAUAGUAAAAUGUUAAAUAAGCUUCUCAGUCAAGGUCAUGCCAAGUGAGUUAAAGUGUGACUGCCAAAGGAGACAAAGCAAGUGAAAGCAGGAGGUAGAAAUGGGUGACUCGAAAUUAAAGCCAAUUGAUAGUUGCUUGAUGAUGAAAUCAGCGUGGUGAAUACUGUGUCUGCUCCCUCUGCCAAAGCUUCUAGGUCAAAUGGACCCCGUUCUGCACCUGGAAUAGCUGUACAAAAAGAAGAAUGAGACUCUCUAAAAAUUAUGCACAUAUACACGCACACAUAUAUGUAUGUAUAUGUCUGUAGUUCAUCAACCAGCUAUACAUGAGGACCAAAAUGCUUCAGUCUAAAAUGGAAGAUUUAAAUGGUUUUCCUCCAAAAUGGAAGUGAGAACUGAAGUAGCUUUUCUAUGGAGUUAAGAUGUAAUCUUUUUGCGUAACAGUCUUUGUUGUAUUUUAUAUUUCUUAUGACACAGAUUUCUAGUUGAUGGCUUAACAUUUGUAACUGAUGAUGUGUUGACCACAGCUUAUUUUUUUGCCAAACUACAGAAAAUGUUCAUAUACUUUUGAUGUAAAUGUGUUUGUAUUUAUUUGAAAUGAAACAAAUGCCGAGGAAACAUCCAUUGUUUGUUCUCUGUUUUAAUUGCUAUGUGUCUUACUUGGAAUAACAAAAAAGCAGAAAAACACACAAGACCCUCCCUGGGCUAGCCAGCAGUCCUGGGCCUA